AUGCCUGCGACUCCGCCGAGGAUUCGGAGUGUGCCACCCGACCGGGGCAGCAGCUGGAAGUAGGAGUGCCAGCAGACGGGCGACGAGUGUGUCACCUCCAUAUCGGCGGGAUUAACGCGACGCGGCUGCCUGGCGCGGCUGUAUCCCAAUGGCUAUUGUGCCGCUCCAUGUGACCGGUGCAAUACGAGCCUGUGCAAUCGGCACGUUUAUCCCGCGGAUCGAUUGCGCUGCUAUCAGUGCAGCGGAUCGGAUUGCAUCGAUGUGGCCAGUCGGCCGCAGUAUCUGCUGCCGUGUCCGGUCUACCGGGAGGAUGACAGGUGCUACACGAACGUAGUCCACUUAUCCAACACCCUGCGCGGCUGUGAGCACACCAAUUUGCCGACAACCUGUCCGCACGUCUGCCUGAAGUGCAAUUACAACGGUUGCAAUGCAGAGAAGACCGUCACGGAAUCACGCUGCCUUCAGUGCACCCACAAUCGAUUGGCCCCCAAUCCGGACUGCCUGCGGGACCAGGAUCCACGGACGGCGCCGGAGGAGGAGCAGCCCAAGUGCUCGUUGAGCAACUCAACUGUGACGCACUGCGUCAACAAGGUGAUGUACGGGCACAGGGAGAACUGCUUCAGCUACCGCAACACCCAGACGGAGGUCCUCCAGAGGGGCUGCUCCACCGCCAUGGGAUUCUAUCCCACCGGCGAGCUAACCGAGUGCCACGGUGAAUUCUGCAACGCCAAUUGCCAGGACAUUGUCUGCGCCGCAUGCAAUUCCACCGCGAAUCCUGGCUGCCGUGCUGGCCGCAAUUUGCCAACGGAAAAGUGCGCAGCGGGCACCACGGCCUGCUAUUCCUGCGAGCAAGGUUAGGGUGAGUGGGGAAUCUCGACCAGGAAUGGCCCACUCAAAAUGUCCGUUAUUCAUUAGGAAAUAAAGCUUGUUAAGCAAUGCA